AUGGAGAAAAGAGUGGAAGCAGGAGAGUACCACUCCAAGGAUUUCCAGUGGGAAUUUCUGAAGAAUUUAGUAGAGAAUGAUCCUUCUCUCUCCCACCAUCUCCAUCACCAUCCAGAUUCCUCCUCUCCCUCACCAGAUUCGCAGCCAUGGCAAGAUUUCCACUCUCGUCACUCCUCCGGAAAAUUCUUCAAGGAAAGAAGAUACUUGUUGAAGGAAUUUCCUGAGUUAGUUUCCUGUGAAGAGAAGUCUAAACUCUUGGAAGUUGGUUGUGGUAAUGGGAGUACAGUGCUUCCCAUUUUGCGUGGAAGCAAGAACAUUGUAUACGCUUGCGAUUGUAGCAGUGAGGCUCUUGUUAGGACUAAAGAGAACAUUGAUCUAGCUAUUGCUUCAGUUGACAACUUCCGUUCUUUCUGUUGUGACUUUUCCAAGUCUAAGUUCCCAAAUUGGGUGGCAUGUGAUCAUUGCCGAGACAACUUCAAGCUUAAGAAAGAUUGCUACCACUCAGGAGAGAGCGAAGGCAUACAUGUGAACUAUAAAUGUUCAUUGAGUGAACACUGCGUCGGCGGAGUGGAUUUUGUGACUCUGAUUUUCACAUUGUCGGCAGUGCCUAAAGAAAUGAUGCCGAGAGCUAUCAAGGAAUGUUUUGCGGUACUAAAACCUGGAGGCCUGCUCUUAUUUAGAGAUUAUGGUUUGUAUGACAUGACUAUGCUUCGGUUUGAGCCAGAGAAACGUAUCGGGUUCAGGGAAUAUGUGCGGUCUGAUGGAACACUUUCUUAUUUCUUCUGUCUCGACAUGGUCAGGAGUCUAUUUGCUGAUGCUGGAUUCAUUGAGGUUGAGCUCGAAAAUUGUUGUGUGAAAGCAGCGGGUGAUCGAAACACAGCCUUCUUUCACGGAGCUACAAAAGCUAGGAAACCAAAAACAUGUAUCAAAAGAGUGCAAGAUGACGAGGGGAUAGUGCAUACCAAAGAUGAAGCGAUUGCAAAGGUGGCAGAGGAUUACUUCCAUGGGAUGUUUACUGCAUCUAAUACUCGCUCUUUAGCUGACAUCAUACCGGAGAUGGAUCACAAGAUUACUGAGAAAUUAAUGCGGCUCUAA